CUUUCAUUAAAAAAUAAAUUAUAAAUUCUUUUCCGCCUGCUUUAUCGAAUAUCGAUCAAACACGAAUACACACGCACAGGCCGCAUCGCCAUAGCCCACAGCCGCAGAUGGCAGCCGAAGGAGAAAGUGUACAUGUACGUAUGAUAGUACCUGCAAUAUAACAUCGAUCAUCUGCGUAGAUACUCAUUCCGGUAUAGGGUUAUUGCAACGGUUCAUCAACUGAGCUUUUCUUACUGUAGUCUGAAGAACUGCCACACUACUAGCAUAACAACUCAUCAGAAUGACAAAGAAUGCAAGUUCGACAGGCGCAUCGCCUGCGUGUAAGAAGGACAGGAAGAAAAAACCGCUCAUAAAGAUCCCCACUAGAGUUCGGGGAGCUUCACUGAACGCAGCCGCGAGUGCAUCUGUAGAGAAAAUCACGUCACCUUACAAUACGUCCUUGUCGGCUCCAACAGGAUGUGAAGAUGCGGCUGGUGGCAAAAAUGCCGAUGGCGACGAUGCAAACUUACCAGACGAUGAUACCUUCUACGCGAGCUUUUCCGCCUCCGCGUCCAUCGUGCGGAAACCCACUCCGCCCAGGCAGCAGUAUGAGAAUAAGUUGAUUGACUACUCACUGACAGAAUUUAUUCGAGCAACGAGCGAAGAGACCGUGGGAGAGGAGGACCUGAUUGGAGCGGUGGAGCAACAGAUAGCUAGGAGGUAUAGCGAUGCGAACUUCCCGCGGACGGGCUCGAAACUCAGUAUUGCCGGCGAGUUACAGCCAACGAUCAAGGAACAAGCAGUAGACGAGACGCAAUUCAGGAACACACCGAUGGUGGAUAUAAUAGCGGCAUUAAAAGCAGGUGUCAACAUACGCGACAGGAAAAAGAAGUUCCGAACUUACAGGAGCUGUUUCUCCGGCGUCAACGCAGUAAAUACUAUGAUGGACCUGAAGUUUGCUAGAGAUAAAGAAGAGGCCGUGGUGCUGGGCAAUCUGCUGAUGAAAAUGAAUUAUAUCCGACACGUUACCGGGAAUCGUCUGUUUAAGAAUAGCAACGAUGUUUACUUUCAAUUUGUGAGUCGCCUUUAUAGGGCAACGUCAGCUGGAUUUGGCGAUUUAGAUAUGACCGAGUGUCAAUUACAAAUGGGAGACUUUGAUCUGUCGACAAUUGAUGAGGCAAUGCAAAUGGUCAUAAACGGUGUGCAAGGCAUCAGUCUCGAAUGGUUUCGGGCGAGAUAUGCGCCGUACUACAUCGGCAUAACUGGCUCAGAGCGCAUGCUGGAGCAAGGCUACGCGUUGGACGAGGCGGAGGCUCAGGCUGUUGGAGAGAAAGCGUUUCAGAAUGUGCUAAGCAAUCUGACACGAUUUCCACGUUUAAAAGGAACUGUCUCAGACAAGCCGCGAGUAAAAAUCAGUCGCGAAUGGGUUGAUUCGCUGGAAGAGUGUGGGACUAUGGCGAAGCGCGUCGUGAAGGUCAAGGAGAAAAUAAAGAAUCGAAAGAUGCGCAGGGCGUUGAACAAUGAGGCGGUCUUGCGGGCGAAUCGACACUUCUACACGCAUUACCAUUGAGUACUAAAUAUUUCUUUAGCAAUAUCUGUAUAUCGUACAUAUGCCGAUUGAACGCAGCGAAACAUAUCUACAAUGGCCAAAAAAUGUACUGGCCGCCAUAUAUAGUCUCGAUUUGCCGAGCUAUGUGAUAAUAUCACGGGCUUGCUCUACCGGUAGCAGCUAUCCCGUGAAGUUACCCUGGACCUAUUCUGUUGGAUAGUUUGCGAUCGUCAUUGAAAGUAUUUCACCAGGGUUGCCGGUAAAUCACUGUUCAAGCUCGGUUGACGCCGAUUUGAAAUUUAAGCACACUCAAAGCACUACAUAUUUUGUAGAUCUAUUAUCAGUCAAGCGCUGUAGAGUGCUCAUGGUACUACACACGCGGAUAUAGGCCAAUUCACAAGCACGACAUGAGCCAAACAUCAUCUACGCGUAGGACUCGGCUUAAUACUUGAACUAGUGGGCAUUGCCACUGGGUAAAUAUCACGAACCAGAUCGAAUGAUUAGUACCAUAGUGAAGGUAAUAAACGCUCUCAAGAGGCCAAAUC